CCAGCACAGGAUGUCCUACUCCAGCGAGUCCUGCGGCGUGAGCUGCCCCCAGCCCAUCGCGGAGAGCUCCAACGAGCCAUGUGUGCAGCAGUGCCCUGACUCCAGAGCCCUGAUCCUGCCCCCGCCGGUGGUGGUGACCAUCCCGGGCCCCGUGCUCAGCAGCUUCCCUCAGGAGAGCGUUGUGGGAUCGUCUGGCCCAGCCUGGCUGGGGCGUUCCUUCAGUUCCCGCAGCUCCCAGGGCUACGGGGGCUCCUUUGGGCUGGGAGGUUCUGGGAGUUCUGGGGGCUCCCUGGCCUUGGGGGGCUCCUUUGGGUCAGGAGGUUAUGGGGGCUCCCAGGGCAAUUGGGGCUCCUUUGGCUAUGGGGGCUCGUUUGGGUUGGGAGGUUAUAGGGGCUCCCAGGGCUAUGGGGGUUUCUCAGGCUAUGGGGGCUCCCUGGGGGGCUAUGGGGGCUCCCGGGGCUAUGGGGAUUCCUUUGGCCUGGGAAGCUGUGGGGGCUAUGGGGGCUCCCAGGGCUAUGGGGGUUCCCUUGGCUACGGCCGUUCCCUGGGUUAUGGAGGUGACAUUGGCUAUGGGGGCUCCCUGGGGGGCUAUGGGGGCUCCUUUGGCAAUUGCGGGAGGUCCUACAGCUCUGGUUUCUCCUCGCGGGGCCUGGGCUAUUCCCUGCCUGGCUCCCAGAGAUGGGGCAGGUCCCGCCGCGGGAGCUGUGGGGUUUUCUAAAGCUGCUCUGGCAGUGCCCGCCCCCAGAGGCAGUGCCAGCCCUGGAGCCCAGCCUGGGCCAUGGGGACACCUGGCAGGAGCCGCUGGCAGUGGCAGUUGAGUGUGCCCUGGGUGUGCCCUGAGCCCUCCAUCCCCUCGGGAUACCUGAGCCCUCCAUCCCCUCUCUGUGCCCAGAGCUCUCCAUUCCCUUGGGACACCCUGAGCCCUCCAUCCCCUCUCUGUGCCCUGAGCCCUCCAUCCC